AUGCUCAAUCACACUCUGCUGGACUCGGCCGCGGAAAUCGCAUCCGCUUCCAUGGUCGGUUCAUUGUUUCUACUCGCAAUUUGGUCCCGACUCACCAAACUCGGUGUACUUGUCGGUUUCUGGACCAGUCUUAUCACCAGCUUUACGACAUGGAUCACCAUGGAUGCACUUCAAAAUCAGGCCACUGAAACGUUUCUUGGUAGUGCUGAUGAAUCAUUCUUAUUAUCCAACACCAUCAUUAUACUCAUAAGCAAUUCCUUUGCUCUCGGCUUCGGCUUCUUGCUGCCCAUCAUUUGCGGCCUUGUGGAAUACCAUCGGCGGCCCAAAGACAGCACACUCGAGAAUCCCUGGGAGAGCACACGCGACAUCGACAAUCCUCUAAUUCCCUGGACCGAACUGUACUCAAGGUACUGA